AUGAGCAGUGAUGAUCAGUGCGAUCCAGCUGACUUAAGGUCGGAGAGUCGUGCUUCCACAACCAACGGGACUUUGUAUCUCCGCCAUUACCGGUACGUCUUUCGGGAUCUAGAGAAUACUGAUAAGGAUGAUAGAUGCGCCCUACAGGAGAUAGGUCCUCGGUUUACUCUCAAGCUGAGGUCUCUACAGCUCGGCCUUUUCGCCAAACGUACUGGAGAGUAUGAGUAUGUGUGGAGGCCUGACUCCCAAGUUAGUAGGAAGGUCUUCGCUCUGUAG